AGAGCACUGCGGACGCCCGGAAGCAACUCUUUGAGGAGCUUCUGUGGGAGCAUCGGGACCUUGCCGAGGCCCACAGCCACUGCCAAGUUGUUCCGGAGGCUACCAUCGAGGCCCUUAAGGCCCAGGUUGCCAAGCUUCAAGGCGAGAAAGAGCAGCUCAUCAAGGAGCACCACGAGGCACUGGACGCCCAGAAGACCGCCUCGAGGGAGCUAAAGGAACAGGCUAUGCAAGCCGCACUCCAGCAUGAGCAAGCCCUCAAGGAUGCCCGGGUCGCAGCUGAGGCCAGGUUGGCGGAGGUCGUGGAGGACUCCACGAACUCCAACACCGUAUUGACGGCAGAGCUGGAGGAGGAAAGGAAGGCGCGGAAGGCAGCGGAGCGCCUCAUUGAUACCAUGACCACUGAUCACAGGGAAUAUGAUCGGUUGGUUAUGAAGAUUGAUGCGCUGGCUCUCCAGCAUUUCCCGGACUCCCAGGCCCACGCCGUGAAGAAGGUGAUGGAGGAUCGGGUGGCGCGGGAAUUUCCCAACAUGGACGCGCACUGGGACGGGUACGACUAUCUGGUCGCCCUCUCCGCGCGAGUCCAACACAUGCGCUCCGUCGACCGGCUUCUUGGCGACCUACCGGAUGCUGCCAUCCAGCUCUUCAAGGUGCUAUGGCCUGAGGAGGAGAUGCCGGUAAACAUCACGCUUACCUCCCACCGGCUCAAGGAUGCCGGGCGCCGGAUUCGCGAGUGGCAAUGCUCCGCGGCUCAUGCCGGAGCGGACACGGCGCUGCGCUCCGCAUGCUCCUGGUACCCGGAUCUGGAUCUGGAUGCACUUCAAGGCGUUCGCCAAGAUGCUCCCACCGACACGGAUCCGGCGCUUACCGCGAAGCAGCAGGACCGGGCCUACCGGCUUGCGGAGUACGCCGAGAUUGUGUGA